AUGGAGGAGUUCCCAACUUCCCACGCGGCCAGCCCCCCUGUGUACCCCAGUCGACCCCGUAAAAUGUCUGCGGUUUCCCCACGGGCGGUGGAUUCUUCCCCAAGUUCAUCGUUAGCUUGGAUGGUUGACCCGUCGUGUCGGAUAAGGCGAGUCAUAAACAGGGCCGACCAUCCUGCCUUCCCCCUCACAUCUCGCGUCGCUCGUCUCCCCGACACGAGAAAUGAUCCCGAACGACGAGGUUUACAGGAGUCAUCUAUCGUCGCAAUGGACCCACCGCUGAAGAGGAUGAGGAUGGACAUCGGCCGGGGCUUCCCCGACAUGGGCAUGGCGGCCGUUACUGGCGGAUCGCCUCCUGGCCGCUCCGUCUCCGGCGUCGAUCACGCACAUGUCGAGCAAGCUGAUCCUAGGAUGCCGAAGCAGAGAACUUGGUCGCGCGCCUCAUCUGCCUGUCAGACGUGCCGUGGCCGCAAGACGAAAUGCGAUAACGAGAGGCCGAUAUGCGGCUAUUGUCAGAGGGUCGGGGCAACUUGCACAUAUAUCGAGGACUCGGCUCCGGCAACGUCACUAUGUCAAGGUGUUGGACCACGUUUGCUGGGAGCAAUAGAGAACUUGGCCAACCUAAUUCAACGCAACGAGGAGAACUUUCGCGCUAUACCACAACUUAGCCGCGACCUGUCCGGUAACUCAAGCGACUAUCCGGACAGUCCAACCUUCCAAAGUGGACGUCAAGAUGGUCUCCUGUCUGGGCAAGAUGGAGGUGCCGCGGAUGAGGCCAAGAAGUCCAUUCACCCCUCGUUAUCGGAUACCGCCGGACUGGACUCCGUGCUGGAGUGGCCAAUCUUUCCUAAACCGGUGCCCUUCGCGAUAGACCCCUUCAGCCAUGCUUCCCCACGUGGGGAAGCCUUUUCCCCCAGAUCGCCCCCCGCCAUGGAGUUCUACGAGCUAUCCCGGCUGGUAGACUUGUACUUGACCAAUGUUCAUCCCAUGAAUCCCAUCGUCGAUGCUCAAAUGCUGCGACAGAUGUUAAAGCAGGUCGCGGAAAACGGCCCUGACUGGUCGGCGUCUACCUGUAUCGUUGCAUUGUCUUGUGCCCUCGGCGCCAUAUCCCAGAGACCUGGGCAGAGGACGCCAAGCGGAACCCCUCGUGGAUACUCCGUGGAGCCCAACCGUCAUCUGGCGUCAAGGUAUUGGUCAGUCGCCGAGAAACGACUGGGCUUCUCCAUGGGUUCACCUGGAUGGGAGUCUGUACAAUGCUUGUGCCUUGCAGGAAUCUGGCACAUGUACAACAUGGAUCCCUUACAAGCAUGGAAAUGUUUCAGUAUGGCGAGUAACACCUGGUAUACUACUUCGCUCACAAACAAACUCACCAUGCCGGCUAAAGCCGAGACGCCUGAAUUCACCCAGUCACUCUCAAUGGAGCAAAUAUUGUACUUCACUUGCUUCAAAUCUGAAUGUGAGCUGGCGUUUGAGCUGUCUCUCCCCGGUUCUAUUCUCGCCGGUGUAGACUACCCAUACAGUCUGCCCACUCCACCAACACUCGGGGUCAUGAACCUAGAUAACAAGGCCCUGAUGAUGGAGCAAAGAUCCUGGUACUACUACUUAGCAGAGAUCUCAGCAAGGCACCUGAUCGAUCGUUUCACUCAGGCCCAAAAGAGGUGCCCUCCCCACCCGACUGAGCACGGCAUUGACCGCAUGCUUGAAGUAUUUGAGGUCUUUGAUGCUCAACUAUCAGAUUGGUACGAGUCGUUGCCGCCGCCAAUAUCAUUCCAAAUACCCACCGGAGACAUCGCUCCUCUGGGUGAUGACCUUUGUCAAAUGCUUCGUGGACGGUACUUGGCGAUGAAGGAGCUUCUGUGCAGACCUUUCGUCCGGUUGGCUUCAACCAUCUCCAUCGCUUUAACGGUAUCAGAACACAUGGUCGCAAGGGUAGCGGAGCUUGCUUCGCGAGGUCUACAGUACUGUUUGUUCAGGAUCCAGGCUACUUCGUCUACACCUCAUCACGGCCUCUGGUUACAACUGAGGGGGUUCGUGACCUGUUCUCUAAUUCUGACGGCCGCAGAGCGGGCACAGAGUAUCCCGUCGUUGAAUAUGCCAACAAAGGUCACGUACCCUCAAAAUUGGAAGCGGACGAUCUUUGCUCAAAAGGAAAUUCUGUCUAAUUGUUGGGAGUUCGAGGAAGGAGGCAUAAGCGACUGCGCUAGAGUGUUAGACUGGGCGCUUGCAAAGUUUACGGUCUGA